CAACAGCAGUAGCAGCAGCAGCAGCAGUUGUAGAAACAACAACAGCAACACUAGCAGCAGCAUCGACCUCAAUUGAAGCGACUAAACCGGAACCAGUGACUGUGGGUGUUGCAAAAGACAAAAGAAAAGCUAACCAAAAAGCUAGCGAUUUUAGUAACGUUGGCGAUUGGCCAAUGCUAAUUGGCUCAAAAUCCUCAAACAACGAAAAUAGACGUUCAACUAAGAAACGUUCAAGUACAAAUAAAGAGAAUCCGUCUGCUCAGAAUAUUGAAAGAAAACAGUCUCAAGCCGGCGCUGCUGAAAUCACAUCAGACGCCGCUGAUCAGUCUUCUUCGAGUGGAGCAAAUUCUAAUAAAAGUCAAACGCAGCAAAAUGUGUCCAAAUCCCCACACUCAUCACAACAUAGUGGUGAUGCCGCAACAGCUACUACAACAGCGGCAACUUCCUCAGGCACCAAUGGCAACAAUAAGAAAAUUCCCAAGCACAAGUGGCGACCUUUGCCAAUUGAUUUGUCUAAAUCGAGCAGAACAAAACCGAUUGGCAGAUCAAGGCGUCCACUCUCUAAUCGGCAAGAACGUUGGAAUAAUCGCGACCAAGGGCAAAACGAUGGACGUCGUUCAAAUGCAAAUGAACGGGACUCGUAUGAUCGGUCAAAACAGUCUACCAGCACUUCUACGAGGAUUGAUUCCUGGCGUAGCGGCAGCGGGUCCGAACGUGUCGAUAGAGAAAACGACAAGCGUGGCCCGAGACGUUACCGCACGUCGUACCGCGGUGGUCGCCAAGGCCGCGGCGGAUUCUCAAGACAGGGACCAGGUCGUUCGUCAAAUCGCCUACCACGCCAUCUGUUAGCUGGUGGAGAUUACGCUACGUUUUUAUCGGCCGAAGGUGCCGGUGGAGAACAGUCUUAUGUGCUUAUGGGCACACAUUAUUAUGGUCCAGUUCCUGCUGCCUAUAUCGAAAUGGACGCUGAUAGCGUUAAGGAGGCUUUAAAGAAGCAGGUUGAAUAUUAUUUCAGUGAAGAGAAUCUCACUGGUGAUUUCUUCUUGCGUCGUAAAAUGGAUCCCGAAGGUUGCAUUCCAGUGACAUUGAUUGCAUCCUUUCACCGCGUUUUAGCGCUAACUACUGAAGUGGCUCUUAUAAUAGCGGCAAUAAAAGAAUCAGAAAAAUUAGAACUCUUAGAAGGCUAUAAAGUUCGUACAAAGACGAAUCCAAGUAUUUGGCCAAUAAAAGAUGUGAUCGAAACUGCACAGAUAGUGAGUGCAGUUCAUUCAUCAUUUUAUCCUAAGAGUGAAGAAAUCGUUGACGAAGCUUAUGAUGCAGCAGAAGAAAUUGCAUCUGAAGCUAUUGAUCUGUCACCAUUAGAAAAGAGUAAUGAGUCUAACAUAACGGUGGAUGUACCUGAAUCUUCAAUGCCACCAAUUCUUACUUCUACAAUGGCAGCGCUUCCUUUAACUAGUAUACCACCACCACCAAUACCUCGCAAUCCACUCAAUCUUACAUCGUCAAUAAUAUCAAAUGAAAAUACGACAAAUGAAACCACUUUACCGUCUUUACCACCGGUAAAUGUUAUAAGUGCAUUGCAAGCCGAAGCGGCCAAACAAAAAUUGAAAAGUUCCGAUGCAGCAGUAGCUGAAUUGGCAGAUCAUUUAAGCGGUUUGGCAGAAAGUGUUAAAGCAGUUGUAGAUAUCAAGGGAACAACUUCACAACCAAAGUCUUCUUCAACUACUCAGAAGCAAAACAAUAUGAAGAGUGGUGAUGCUACAAAUAAAGAGGACACGAAUGCAAAGCAAGUGCCAAUAGAGACAGAUGGAGUAGAUCCUGAUGGUAUGUGGAAAGAGGUAAAAAGACGAUCAAAAUCAAAUGCUUUAAAAGAUAUUAAAUCAACAAAUCAAAAUUCGACACAAAUUCCAUCUCAAUCGCUUAUCGCCACCAACAAAACCAACAAUAAAAACACCUCUACAUCCACAUCCAAAUCAUCCACGAACAAAAUCGAUACGAAAUUCACCGCCACCACAUUAUUACCAUCUAAUGCCUCCGCCAUUGCACAAUCUUCCCAUUCCUCUAAAAUAGUUUCUGCAACAUCCGCUCAGUCUCAUCCAUCAGCUACCAUCGAGAAGGAAGAAUUAGAUUUCCAAUUCGACGAAGAGCUAAUGGACCCCAUACCAGCUACCGGACGCAUAAAUAACUUUACUGAAAAUUAUUCUGAUGAUGACGAAUCUGAUUACGAGUUUGCUGAUAGAGAUAUAAAUAAAUUAUUGAUUGUUGCACAAGUGCAGAGAGUUCCAAAACACGAAGGUUAUGACCGUACUGCGGAUUUCACUUCACGUACAAAAAUUACACAAGACUUGGAAAAUGUCAUUAACGAUGGACUAGCUAAUUAUGAAGAAGAUUUAUGGACAACAACUAAUGUAGUCAACGAAUACCGUACUGUAAAUGUUAUCUCGCAAAAAGACUUCGAAAUGCUUGCUGGUGGUGCACGUUCUCAACGUGUACAACAACAACCUCCACCACCCCCUCCUCCAGCCUAUGAUGAUGAUGACACACUACUUAAUAAUACGUUAAAUUCAACUUUGAAUUCGACGUUGAACACAACAACAAAAUCACGUCGUGCACGAUUUUAUGCUGCGCCAAAUACACAUUCAAUUGAUUUGCGUACUCCACGGAAACGCAAGACACGACAUUCAUCUAAUCCGCCUGUAGAAGCUCAUGUUGGUUGGUUAUUGGACUCAGUUGAGCACAGGCCGCGUACUACUUCUAUGGGGUCUUCUGCAGGCACUUCGCCUACGACUUCUUCAUACGGAUCUUCAGUACCACAAUCAUUGCCUGUGUUCCAACAUCCGUCGCAUUCGUUGCUCAAAGAAAAUAAUUUCACACAACAAGCAUAUCAUAAAUAUCACUCGCGUUGCCUUAAGGAACGUCGUCGUUUGGGAUAUGGACAGUCUCAGGAAAUGAAUACAUUAUACCGAUUCUGGUCCUUCUUCUUGCGAGAAAAUUUCAAUAAAACUAUGUACAACGAAUUCCGUACGCUGGCUUUAGAGGAUGCGGGUAAUGGAUUUAGAUACGGUCUAGAAUGUCUUUUCCGUUUCUUUUCAUAUGGUCUAGAAAAGAAAUUCCGACCAAAUGUAUAUUCAGAUUUUCAAGACGAAACUAUCGCCGAUUACGAAACAGGUCAACUAUAUGGUCUCGAAAAAUUCUGGGCUUUCCUAAAAUACUAUAAAAAUGCAAAUAAACUUGAUGUUCAACCAAAAUUGAGUGAAUAUCUUAAGAAAUUUAAAACUAUAGAAGAUUUUCGUGUUGUGGAACCUGAAAUUAACGAAAUGUUACAAGGCGUUGGUAAACUCAACAGAGGUCGUAGUUUCCAGCGCCAUCGAAGUGUGUCUGAGAGUGAAGGUACGGCUGUGGUCGUAUCGCACGGUCGAAGGCCGAAUACCACGAUUACGAAUAGAAGUGACUACGUUGGUCCUCGUGCACAAUUGCAACCACCCAUACAUAAUCAUAACCAGCAACAACAGCAGCAGCAUCAACAACAACAACAAAACAAUUACAAUCAUUAUAAUAAUAACAGAAGACGCACAGGUUCCUUCGGAAGUGGAAAUGUCAGAGUUCGUAGUGGUUCUCUGGGUGAUAAACCACAAAUUGUUAAUCGAAAUUAUCGUUAUGGCUCACCAAAUGAUUUGCGACGUGGUGGUGGUGGUGGCAGCAAUACAGGCUUAGCAACAAAAAACCGUCAAAAUCAUCAUAACCAUAAUCAUCAUCAACCACACUAUCAGCAGCAGCAGCAGCAACAACAACAACAAAAACAACCACAUAAGUCGAAAUCAGCACAAGUACAAAAUAAAGAUUCCACGACCACGUCCGUUGUGAAUUCAGCGCCAGCGCUGAAAACCACGGCGGAGCUACAAAAUAAAGUAACUUCCACAGACUCGACAUCAGCAGAGGGAACCAUUACAGCAACAAAAAUGAAAACAGUGACAGCAUCGUCAUCAUCAGAUAAAUAAAUAAUUUGAAUAAUAAUUAUUCUAGAGAAUUUUUUUAUAUGUUAUUAAUUAAUUAAUUUAAAGAAAGGUACACGUUUAAACUGCCGGAGUCCUAUGUUGAUGUUUGCCGUGUGAAAUUCAUAGUCGCUUUUAAGAAAAUGAAUUCGAUAUUCAUUUUUAAUUUAAAAUUUAGUUUAUAAGAUUUGUUUUCCUAAGACUAUUAUUUUUUUUUCUAAAUUGCUUUUAAUACUUUAUAAGUGGCGUAUGCGACCAUUUGAAACAAAAUCAGAAAAAGUAAAAAAAAAUUAAAUUAGUUAAAAUUAAAUAUAAUU